AUGCCUCCUGAACUUUUAGGCCAAGAAUGGGAAGAAAAACGGGAAGACUUUUGUGGUGUUGAUGAGGACGCUGAAGCUGAACUCGAGGCCUUGAAGUUCAGGAUCAGACCGCAUCCGGGUAAUUCCGAAUAUUCAUCGGUAGAGUCGUUAGAGCGACACCUGCUCGACAGGGAUCCAGGAACGUCAAGUUGGUGGAAAGAAGAACUUAAUAAGCCACAGCCAUCCCGACUGGUCUACACGGGUCUUGAGUACGCCGUGGAAUUUGCUAAGAGGCGAAAGGGAACACGUUCAAAUGUCCCAACUACGCAAGGCUCCUCUCAUCAACAAUCGCAGACACUUACCUGGAAAGACAAUAGCCAGUUGAACACUUUGCAAAAGAAAGAGAGGUUCAUACAUGGUUUUCGUGAUGGCGACAGAGCUACAAACAAAAUGGACACCCAAGUCGAGAGUGGCUUAGAGGUUGAUUGGAGUGACCCUCGUGGAACGUUACGAUCCUGGGAUAUACCAUUCGACCGAUAUUUCAAGGUCAAUGCAGAGGCUGCAGAAGCAGGAAUCGAGUAUUUCCGAGAAACGUACGGUCCGUGGGCUGGACGAUGUGCAGAGAUGAGCAAGUUCAAAGAGGAAUUCGUGAAUAAGGAAUACGGAAUGCAUGAGUUGGGAAGUCAACUUCUUGAUUGGGCCAAGGAAUGUAUUGAUCUAGAAGAGUUCCCUUUGGAAAAGAUAGAUAAUUUGGGAUCUGUUGAUGAAUGGCUUGACAAGAACGUUCCUGAAACUUACGGGAUUGUGAAGAAAUGGAAACCACAGCUUGUGGAUGGGUUGAAAGAGUAUGUCCUUUGGUUAGGCGAGGCAAAGCAAUCGGACACUCGAGCUACUUUAACAAACCACACUGAGAUGACAGAAGAGUUGGGAAUGUCAAAUUACAGCCGAAGAGACACGGAUGACACUCAGACUUCAGCCGCUAUGACAAUUCAAGGUCCUUCAUGGGCUGACACCGAAGGCAUGGACGAGGGCGUGGUAGUGGAUUGGGACGAGUCAGUUCUGAAUGAGGUAUCGCGCAUGAUGUAG